CUUUAUUAUCACUUUUUUCUGUGAAUACACUAGCACACAUUAAAAAGUGAAAUUCUGACGCCCGCUCUCAAAAGUAUAUAUACUGUACCCAUAUAGAAAAUUAAAAUGUAGUGCACAUUUCUUCCAUCCUUUUUAUUUAUUUGAUUUAUUUAAAACCUUUAUGCAGCCGCCCAUCUUAUAACCACUGAAUAUCGUCUCGCACCGCAUAUAAAUUUGAUAAAUAGAAUAACCAACUUUGAAAUCUGGAAGCAGAAAUGAGUGGCAUGCAACUAAUUAAAGUGGGAUGCCAGUGUAAUUUAAUAAGGGUUGAAAAAUGGAUGGCAUCGGCUUGGGGAAGGGGUGCAAGCAUGUAACCUCAGUAGAAACAGGAUUUCUUGUAUCUAAAUAAAACCUACUCCAACUUGGGGGACUUCAGGUAUGUCCUAAAGAAUCCCACUUUUGCAGUUUUGGAACCUGCAACAUGCCUGGAAAACAGUUUGGGAAGAUGGUGUCACUGGUUUAGCAAGGAUUGAAACGUUUGUAGUUCUGAAAUUGCCCCCGAAAUUUUAAAAUCUCUGAAUCAGGUAUUUAACUUUAUCACUCUUCCGGGUUAUUGCUGAUUAAUUAGCCUUAAUUACUGACGGGUUUGUGCUGCUUAAUUAAGAUUGCCCUGCCUUUCCCACGCUGGCUCAUGUCAACUGAGAGGUCAGGACUGAAUCGAAGGUGGCAGAAUUGAGUUAACCAAGAGUUCUUGGUCAACUUUUGGCAUCUGGCAACUCAGGAAAUAAACUUACUAGAGUCUCUCAAGUUCAAAGACACAAACUCCCCCUCGAUUAAGUCACUUGGGAAGGGACUCUGCUCCACCACAAAUCUUUAAGGGCUCCAUAAAGACCCACCAUUUUGAAGGAGAUACUUAUAUGCCAGGAAUUUGGUUUCCCUUCCUGGGGAUUUCACACCCAUGUUUGUGUCAUUUUUCUGGGUGCCACCUUCCGGGUCAUUUUUGAACUUCCCUGUGGAGUCACCUUGUGGUCUUCCAUCCUGGCACUAAGAUGGUUUGGCCUUUCUUAGGCUUUUCAACAGGAGCUACGUUUGGUUAAUAACUGGAGCUUUAGAGAUGCAGUAGUGCUAGGAAAUGAGGUGGAAGCAUUAAAAAAGAUACACCCCCUUUUUACCCCAACCCUCCUCAAACUCAAGACCCUGAGCAGACUGAAGAAAGCAGACUCUGGAAAUAGGAGACAUGAGGCUUCUGCCUUUUUCUUUGGCACAGAACUCUAUUUCUGUCUCUCUCUACAUUAUGUCUUCCUUCCUUCCUUCCUUCCUUCCUUCCUUCCUUCCUUUCCUUCCUUCCUUCCUUCCAUCUCUUUCUCCAACCUUCCUUCCUUCUGUCCUUCCAUCUCUUUCUCUAACCUUCCUUCCUUCCAUCUCUUUCUCUAACCUACCUACCUACCUACCUUCCUUCCUUCCUUCCUUCCUUCCUUCCUUCCUUCCUUCCUUCCCUCUCUUUCUGGCCCUUUAGCAAAAGUCUUCUGGGAAAACAUUAUUUAACCUCAGCUGCAGCCACUUGAACCUGGCAGAAAAAGAAUAUUUUGGACUGGAGUUCUGGAGCCCUGCGGGGCAUGCUGCCUGGCUGGAACUUCUCAAGCCCAUCACCAAGCAGAUUAAAAACUUUUUGAAACCAAACUUAUGAAGAUGUUGUGUUUUAAGAUCCUAAGGACAUUCUUUUCAAAUUUAUGGUGAAAUUUUUCCCAGUGGAUCCUGGUCAUCUUAAAGAAGAGUUGACAAGGUACCUGUUCACCCUUCAGCUCAAGAAGGACCUGGCCUGCGGGAAGCUCCCGUGCAGCGACAACAGUUCGGCUCUGAUGGUUUCGCAUCUCCUACAAUCUGCACUGGGCGAUUUCCAUGAAGAGAUGGACCGAAAGCACUUGGAAACGCACAAAUACUUGCUGAACCAAGACGACCUGAGCAACAGCAUCAUGCGCUAUCAUAAGAAGCACAUGGGCAAAACUCCAGCUGAAUCCGAUGUGCAGCUCCUGGACAUAGCGAGGAAGCUGGAGAUGUACGGCAUCCGUCCACAUCCUGCCAGUGACGGAGAAGGGACCCAGAUCAACCUGGCAGUUACCCACAUGGGAGUCCUGGUACUGCGGGGCAACACCAAGAUUAAUACCUUCAACUGGUCCAAAAUCCGGAAACUGAGUUUCAAACGGAAGCAUUUCUUGAUCAAGCUUCACGCCAACGUUUCGGCUCUCUGCAAAGAUACCCUGGAGUUCGCCAUGGCGAGUCGCGACACCUGCAAGACUUUUUGGAAGACGUGCGUCGAAUACCAUGCCUUCUUCCGCCUCUCGACGGAGCCAAAGUCAAAACCCAAAGCCUUUCUCUGCAGCAAAGGCUCCAGUUUCCGUUACAGUGGGAGAACUCAGAGGCAGCUGCUGGAACACGGGACCAGAGGGAAGCAGAAGAGCCUGCCGUUCGAGAGGAAACACUAUUCCUCUCGCUACCAUGACAGGCAAUGCCGGUCCUCCCCGGAUCUGCUAACGGAUGUUUCCAAACAAAUGGAAGACCUGCGGCUUGUCUACGGCACCAUGGGGGGCUACUACGGCGCUAACGGCAUCCACACUUCCGAACCCACCCUGGACAACCGACGGAGGAACUCGGCUGUGGAAGUCAUCUUUGCGGAUGAACUGGAGCGGUCGAAACCAGAAGCCGACCCAAGGUUGCUGCUGCUCCAUUCCCAAAGCAGCUCUGCCUUCCCGGUGGUCUACACGGAGUUGGACCACGAUUGGGAACCGGGCAGUCUCUACGGGCCAAGGAGCCCCCUGACCUCUUUCCAGCCCAGCUCCAGGCUGGACGGCCCCAGCAAGAGCCCUUCCCUGAGUAACAUGAGAGACAGGAGCCCAAGGCAGCAGCUGAUGUACACCGAUGUCCCCUACGUAGCAGCGUCCAGUCAGCCCUUGGAGGUGGCUUCUCCUCCAGUUUUCUUCUACGUGGACCGGCCACCUCAGUACCCCAAAAGCCCCACCGUCGACCGUGCUGAGGAAAGAGUUGUGGAGGUCAACCCCUGCGAGGCACCCAUGAAGCCACAAAGGAAUCCAGCUGCAGCCCAUCCCAAGUUGUUGGGGCCCCCGGCCCUGCCCCAGGCAACCUACAUCACCCACCUUAGCAUGGAGGAAGAUGAUGACGAGAACGUCUUUGACUACGGUGUUCAGGAGGCCCCCAAAAGAUCUUGGAGCCAGUCGGACGUCAAAGCCAGCAGAUUCCCUUGCGGCUCCGAGUUCCGCCCUCUCGGACCCUGCCCCGUCUUGACCAGCAGGAAGAUUGACCUCUUGCAAUGCCUGCUCACCCAGCCGCCCUUCCCGGAACCUCCCCAAGUCCAGAGAACCACAGAGCGCUAUGCAGGCAGUGGGACCGAAUCCAGCGACUCAGAUUCGGACCUCCUCCCAGACUACUAUGCCCUCUACGGGAGGGUUCUCAAAAGACCCCAGGUGCGAAUUCACCUCUCCUCGGGGAGCCUCCAGCUGGAGGGAGAGGAGUCCCUGGUUCCUGCUGCCACCAUCGAUGAUCCCGAGAGCACCUCCAAUUAUUUUAUGUAGACAGUAGAACAAUGGCACAGGUCAAAAGUACGUGGCAUAUUGCCAAUUGGUCAGGUUAUUUGUGAAUUAAAAAAAAAACCCUGCUGAAUUCAUUGACACUGUUAAAGGGUUAAAAGCAGAAUUAGAUAUCAGGAGUUUCUUUUCCUGAAAGGGACAAGUUCAUUGAUUUAGUACAUAUUUGGGAGAGGGGAUCAUAAAUACAAUACUGGACAAAUUAAAUUUUGCAUCAAGUUUAGGGGAUUUCCUAAAUCAAUCACUGAUUAAGCCCAGAAAAGAAGGGAAAAAAAGAAUUAAGUUUGCUGCAAGUCAACAAUUGGGAUUUGAACUGGCAUUGCUACCGUUUCCUUUUUCUUCUUUAAAGCUUCCAAUUGUGAGCUGCGGGGUUGCUAGAAAUGCCAAAAUGCAGAGGUGGCGUGAAGACUGACUGGCGUCCACCUACAGGGUGGAGCCUGACGAUUCGUAGGAUGCUGCCAGUCACAGAGCCAGCUCACCUGUACUGUAUGCGGUUCUCAGGUUUAUGUGGGGCAUGGAUGUUUUCCCAGUCCUGGUUGUUACUCACUUUUCCAUCGUGGAUUUUAAAGAUUGGGGGGGGGGGGAUUUCUUCAAGGGCUUGCGAUGCUGAACUGAUGGCGUUCAGUUCCCACUCGUGGGGUUGUCUAAGCCCAGCAGCCCAGAGGAAAACCACACAAGCUUUCCUUUAGAGCAGGGGCGUCCAACCUCGGCCACUUUAAAGACCGGUAGACUUCCAACUCCCAGAAUUGCCCAGCCAGCGAUGCUGGGAGUUGGAAGUCCACAGAUGAUGAUUAGACACCCUUCCUUUACAGCAUCCUCCUACCUUCUGUUCUGUCAUUGCAAUUAUUCAGCUGGUUGGAUUUCAGCCAAAGGGGUCCUAUUUUGACCUUCGAUCCCCAAAAACUGGCUCGGUACCCUGGAACAAGGAACUCAGGACCAGCAGAGACUGUCUUAUCUACCGCACAUUUUUAAAAAAAUUCAGUUUACAUGCGACUGUGUCAGAGGUUGAGAGCCUUCUCUGCAAAUUCUCUCCUGAAGCUUCUCAAGAUUGAGCCAUUCUUAAAGAUGUUCCUUUGGCUUGGGCAAUGAGGGGUGGUUUUCCUUGCAGGACAAAUAACGCUUUUUCCCACCUACGGUCCCUUCGGAUGCACUGGUCUUCAUUGUCCAUAAUCCUUGGCCAGAAGGAUUGCAAAAAACGUGACUUGCCUCCUUAACUGAUCCUUGGCUCAGGUGUUUUUGGUGGGACACAAUCACACAAUGACCACAGAAGGUUAUAGAACUUAAAUAUUUAUUUGUGUGUGGGUUUUGUUUUUGUUUUUUUAAAACCCUUUUGACUUUCUGCGUUUCCCUUCCUCAAAAGUGUGAAAGAAGCUUCCAUCUAUAAACAGAUUUACAGAACUAAGAGAGGCCGGGAAGAAGGAGCGCGACGGUUCUGCUCGGAUGAUACGGUUAUUUUGUAAAGCUUCGCAUCAAACUGUAUUUACAACUUGUACGGCUUCUGCGUUUAUAAAAAUAUUUUAUUUAAUCCGUAA